AUGAAUUCAGAAAGUCCUUCGCUGGGCCGAAAAAUUGUUUAUGCGGAUAGAAGAAACGAAGAAUGUGUUGAUAGAGAUAUUUCUCUCGUCACAUACAAUAUCCUUGCCGACUUUUAUCUUCAGCCAGCUAGAACAAAGGGAAAUUAUAAAAGAUGCCCUAAGGAAUACGCUGCACGCCAUCAAGACAAAGACUGUCUUCGACACAAAUUACUUUUCACGGAGGUAAGGGCAAUUUUGUUUAAGCUAAAGCGAAGUUGUUCUGCUGUCGUACUGAAAAAAGUAUCAUUAAGACAGAGUCUUUCUCCCAGCGCAGAGAAACGCUUUUGCUUGCUUUGGCAGUUAUAGUGAUAAGGUGCAGGAUUGCAGAAAAAAUUCAGUGCUUCAAAGAAGAAGGCAAAUAGCAAAAGCACCGUUUUGUUAUUCUUUUGAUGAUAUAUAUGAUUAAUAAUAGCCUGUAGUGCAGGCGUAUUUUGGGCGGGCGAAGGCUUGUUUAUGUUCGUAUUGUUGUCGCCAUCUUUGAUUUUAUGACAGAGGAAGAUUGGGGAGAGCAGAACUACUUUUCUUCAUGCCAUUUUUUUUCGCCCGUUUGGACUUGCCCUUUCCCCCACUAUCUGCCCCUGGGUCUCCGAGGAUGCGCUGACCAGCGUUUUGACACAAAAAGUCAAAUGCCUGACUGGGCGAGCCUCAUUUUGGGUCAUAUUCCCCACUGUACAGAACAAAACCUGGGGGAGGGGGGUGGUGGGGGAGGGGCAGUUUUGGUAUGGACUGGUACAUGACUAUGAGUUCAACCAAGAGCCUCCUAGUUCAACCACUCACAGUACUGAAAGAGUUGAUGUAAAAAUUUCUCAAUUUAGUUCCAGUGGCUGGACGCUGAUAUUGUAUGUUUACAAGAAGUUGACCCUCCCUACUUCAAUGACAUACUGAAGGGAGAAAUGUCUUUGCUUGGAUAUCAAGGACUGUUUGCACAAAAGGACAAAAGUACAGGUCGGCUGGAAGGCAUAGCACUGUUUUAUAAACAUGAAAAGUUUGAUCUUCAAGAAGCCAGAAAAAUGAUUAUCAAUGAAAUUGCCGAUGAAAUCAUGCCCCAAGCUGAAUGCAGAGAAUUUGGAGAAGUUGUGAUACUUGCAACUUUAAGAGACAAGAUCACAAAGACACUGCUGGUCAUAGGUAUUGAAAAGUUUCAUUUUUUACAAAAAUUUUGGACGUAUGAUAAUUUAAUUUCUCAAACAUAUUAGUCCCAAGAAUGUCAAAUUCAAUGAAAUCCCCACACAAAAUUGACAAACAAGCAGAGAAUUAUUGACUCAAUUGUUUUGUUCAUUAUCAUAGGAUGCUGAUGAACCAAACGUUAAGCUGCCUGUAAGGCUCAUAUGUUUGCAGUAACACUUUCUAGAUCACCCAGUAAAAAGCCCUAAACAAAACAAAAUUUUAUUCUCACUUAUCUACAUACUGCUAGAAAUAAGAGAAGGGGCCUAUUGGAAACGAUUUUCAAACUGGACUUAAGGUUUGACACCUAUUUCCAGGGGAGGGGGUUGGGGUUGGUACUUGACCAAUACGCCACUUCCACAUUUCCUAUAAUGCACCUCAUUUGCCCCCCAAAAUUUUGCAUAACCUUUGUUUUUCAUUUCUCUUUUGUAUUAUAGCCAUCCCAAGAGAAAUUGAAAACAUUGGGAAGCAUUAUGGGAAAUGUGGAAGGUGAAGUGUUGAGGACGAAAAGUUCCUAAAAUAUAUUACCCUUUUUUAGAGCUACUCUCUCAAUUUUAUUACCCUGUCUAGGACGCUGUCUUGUUUCAAGCCAUAUAUCAGCACUCUGAAAGAACAAAUUCACAUUAUAGUCAUUGCAUUUGUAUACUUGGAGUACAAACAAAAUUCAUAAGCAAAUCAAAUCAAUCAUGAGGGCAAUACCAUGUUGACAGACUCAAAGCAAAAUUAUAUACCCUGUUUAGGACAAAGAGGUCAAAAACCAUACCCUGUCCAGCAGCACACCCCAGUAGGGAGGGAGUUCACCCUCCAGGUUUGAAACGAUUUAAGAAGCAUCAACUUCCAUAUUUUGACACGCCAUGGCAGAUAAACACUAUAGCCAAUAGAUCGUUUUCACAUGACAUCACGGCAGCCAUAUUUGUGUACAAAAAAAUGAAUUGGCGACCAUGUUUGUGUACAAUUCCAGUGGGAAUUGAACUCUUUCUACAUGUUACUGUGAAAGUAAGAAAACCGUGAACACCUGACAAAUUUCAGGAAUGUCGAUUGUGUACUGGCUAAUCACAAUAAAGUUCAGGACGCACUAGCAAACCUCAAGACCACAAACUAAUUACCGUUGCUGUUUGCGGUUUAGUUAUCUCGCGUCUUAUUGGCUUAUUUCUGGCAACACAAUAACAUUCCAUAAAUAUUUCUGGUGUUCAUGGUUUUGUGAGUUUCACAGUAAAACUUUCUUUUGUUCCAAGCAAUUUGCAAAGCUGCUGACCACGUGACUGAAAACGAUCUAUAUUACAAUGAAAUGGUGCACUUCAAUUUUAAGAGUAUGAACUGAUUUUAAAUGCUUUUUUAAAUGCUUUUUUAGCCACUACAGAAGACCCAGGUUUGUUUGUUUGUUUGUUUGUUUUUUCGGUAGAGCAUGCCUCCCAACUCCUUCGCUGUUAAAAUUGGGAAACCGUCUCCUGGAUCAGGAGUUCCUGUCUUGGCCUCUUUUCUGCGUGCGCUGAGGCUCCCCUUCGCAUUGUCCAUAGCGUGCUUUCUUUCCCCCUCUACCCAGCCUUUUAGCGGCACAGAAGGUCUGUGAGGUGGAGAGAACCUGGGCUCACAUUUCUAUGCACCAUUCUAAACAUGCAUGUAAAUCACAGGCGCCAGCUGUAAAUGACAGCCAGUCUAUGGAGCAUUUUCACUGACCUGGUCAGCAUCUAUGCAAAUCUAUUGGAAAAAACGAAAGCGUUUACAUAAGAAUAAAGUUCAACUCCCACUGGAUUUGUUUGGAACACCAACAUGGCUGCCGUUUCAUUGUUUCGGAACACCAAUAUGGCCGCCGUGACAUCAUGUGAAAACACUCUAUGGUUACUGUUCAGUAAUUUUGACAGUUUAAUCCAAGAUGUCCCCAGUGUUUAAAAACCUCCUUUUUUUUUCGUUUUCUUUUUUUGUAAGGUAAUACUCAUAUCUUAUGGGGAGAUCUGUUGAAGCCUGUCACACAAGCCUGUGAAAUUGCACUUGUCACGCAAGCUCUCCGUGACAAGGUAGCAUCGUUGAAGCUGCAAGGAGAGUCUGUUGCUUAUAUCCUAUGCGGAGACUUUAACAUCGACCCGCCAUAUCCUGCAUAUGAACUACUGAACAGAGGCAAGCUAGAUGAAGAGCAUUUCAGCAAACUUCAGACCGUUGAUUAUUUAAAAUUCCCUAAAGAUUUCAUCAAACCACAACAGGUACAAUUACCACAAGUUUUAACAUUUCAAAAUAGUGCACUUUUAUGUGACCAUGUACGUUAA